AACCCCGUAAUAUCUGAAAUAAGUUUGUAUCUCAUAUAAUACUAUUUAGUGAGAAAACGUGAGGAAGAAAAAUGACAUUUGAUGCAGAUGUUGUUAUUUAUAUAGCCAAAAACUACGAUGAAAUUCUGAAAGCUUGUAAUGUAAAUAAAUGAGAUUUUUAUAACAGUAAGCUAUAGCUGGCUUACAUAAAAUUGAAUAGAAAUAUCAUUUGUCACUGUUGGCCUAUAGCUCCCAAUAAUAUGUUUUAAGAUGAUGUUUAAAUGCUUAGUUUUAUGAUCAAAUCUCUGUAGUUUUAAUUGUGGGGGGCAAAACAAUGCAAUCAGUGGCGUAGCAAGUCUGCCCUGGGCCCAUAUGCAAAAAAUUUUAACGGGCCCCCUUGGUUGAAUUUGCAUUCCCUGGGCCCACGCUGAGGGCCACCCGAUCCGCUCGGGCCAAUAUGCACAUGCAUAGGCCUACCCUGCAUACUCAGAUGCUACACAAAUGAAUGCAAUGUAAUACAAUGAUGAUUGAGAGAGAGAACCACAAAGCCACAAACGUUCCUCAAAAGCCUGAUGUGUCAGAUACAUUUUAACAUGUUUUUUUUAGUCAAAACCCAUGCUUCUUGAAUUAUUUAUAACAGCAUAAAAAGAUAUUUGUAUGUUUACUUUAUAAAAAUCAUUAAAGAUUUUACAGCAAAAAGACACAUGCAUGAAUGAAUGCAUUAAUAAAGCAUUUAUAUGGCGUUUUUUUAUGGGGCAUUAGGACCCACAUAGACUGCAGGUAAGGACUCCCUGCUGGCCUCACAAAUACCUCUUCCAGCAGCAGCCAUAGUCUUCCCAGGACCAGGAGGUCUCCCAUCCAGGUAGCUACUUUAGACCAGGCUCAACCCUGCUUAGCUUCAGUGGGCUACCAGUAUUUGGGCUACAGGGUGAUAUGACAUGUACAAUGUACACAUGUACAAAAACCUGAAGGUGGACAUUAUAGGAUAAUACUAAAAGGCCUUUUACUUGCUAAAAAAGUAUAAACUAUCACUCAGACAAGAUGGUACAUAGCAGAUUGUGUGCAACAAGUUUUUCAGCAAGGCAGGCCUUAGUUACAAUGAAUCACUAUAUGAUACAGUAGGCCUUUAUAGGGCUAAUGGCACUUAAAUCAGCUGAAUCUCAUGUAAGUCAAGUGUAUUGCACAUUUCUAAAUGUAAAAAACAUGUUUUGAGAGGGAAAAAUUAGAGUGCACCUGUACAAUACCAAUACAUUACAUCUGCUUACUACUUAAAGAAGCUCAGCUGAGUAAUUUCUCAUAGGUCUUUAAUCAGGCUGUAACUGAAACGGCAAUUUCUGGUAAUGGAAAAAGCGCAGAUCAAAGGAAAUGUACAUUCCCAUAGGUGUCUGUCUCUCGGUCGCUGCCUGUCGGUGUGUUUGAGCAGCGCAGUAGCCGCUGAUGCCCUGAUGACAGACAGAUUGGAGGAAGAGAGAGCUGCGCUGUGAUUGGUCGCUGUCACUUUCUUAUGUUUGCCGGUCCCUGUUUUUUUCUUGGUGUGUGUGUGUGUGUGUGUGUGCGCGUGACGUGUAGCAGAGACCUGCACUGUCCACCGCUCUCAGAAAACCUAAACUUAAAUUCUCAUUAACAACAGGAAUUGUUUUCUGCUUUUAAAAGUAUUUUUCGCGGACUACAAAAUGACAAUAAGAUCGAACCGAGACCAUGGACAACAUUAUCGGCCACGGAUGGCCUGCCUUAAAAAGGUGGAGGCCAUAGUGGUUCAGAUGCAGGACCCAUCGACUGGAGUGAAGGGAUCAGAACAGAAGCUAAAUGUUACAUCCAUUCCCCAUGCGUUCGCUGGUCAGGACAUUGUUGCAUGGAUCUCCAAACACAUGAACAUGGACAAUGAUGAGGCUCAAGCAUUUGGCACAAUGUUAGUGGCCUUCGGGUACAUCUACCCUCUGCAGGACCACAAAAAGCUUGUCCUCAAACCAGAUGGCAGUUUGUACCGCUUUCAGACCCCCUAUUUCUGGCCUGUGCAAAAAAGGAAAGCUGAGGACACCGAUUACGCUAUCUAUCUGGCGAAGAGAAACAUUCGAAAAAAGGGAGUACUUGAUGCUUAUGAACAGGAGGAAUACAACAAACUCCACAAAUGGAUGAACCACAAAUGGGAUUUUAUCGUGAUGCAAGCUAAAGAGCAGUACCAAAUUGGGAAGGUGCGUCAGAAGGCAGACAGAGUUGUGUUUGACUGUCAGGAGAGAGCCUACUGGAUUGUCCACAGGCCUCCACCACAAACACACAGCGCUAUGGAUGUCCUGGAUCGUCAUAUUGACCCUAAUACAGAGGAGAAAAAAACCUAUGAUUAUUAUAGAAGAAUCAUCAUCUACACACAACAGGCCAUCAUGAGGUCAAGGGUCAAAUCUACAGUAUCUCUUGGAGCCCUGGUCAAGUAUAUGACGACAUUUAAGAAUCACGACCCGUUCCUCGUGCCCUGCCUCCCUAGCAAUCCCUGGCAAACUGAUGAUGACACUUACUGGGAGCUGAACAUGGCAGAUGUUGAAGUUCCCACAAAGAUGAGAGUGGAGCGCUGGUCCUUUAGCUUCUACGAGUUGCUUAAUGACCCACGGGGCCGUGCAGACUUCAAGAUUUUCCUAAAGAAGGAAUUCAGUGGUGAGAAUCUGGCGUUCUGGGAAGCCGCUGAGGAGUUGAGAUGGGGCACAGCAGCUUCUAUGUCAGAAAAAGCAGAGCAAGUUUUCAAAACCUUUUUGGCCCCAGGAGCACCACGCUGGAUCAAUAUUGAUGGCAGGACAAUGGGUCUUACAGUAAAAGGCCUGGAGCAUCCUCACCGAUACGUACUGGACGCUGCCCAGACCCACAUCUUCAUGCUGAUGAAAAAGGAUACCUUUUAUCGCUACCUGAAGUCACCAGUUUACAAGGAAAUACAGAAAAAGGCCAUUUCACCAGCACCACACAAUUUCUCUGAUGCCCAGCUGCAGGAAAACACUAGGAACCGCAGGCCGAGCAUCAGCCCCAUCAUCACCUAUCAGAAGGAGCAGGAAGAGAAAGCAAAGGCAGCUGCCGCAGCUGGACCCGUAGACAUUAAAAAAUUGAUGGCCAGCAAACUAGAUCGCAAAUAGAAAGAGAUAAAGAUAUGUGCUGGAAAUGCUUUACUUAAUAAUCUGACUAAUAAAAAGAGACCCAUAAAAUGUUUCAAGAUUUUUUUGGGGGGGUGUUCUACAUGUACAUAUCAAUACAAAGUCUCACAUAGAGCUAAACAUACAGACUCUAAGUUUACUUCUUCCAUGAAAUUUGCUGUAAACAGAAUUGCUACCAAAUAUAUAAAAAUAACAGUAAAACAUUGACAGCUAUGUACAUAUCACUGCCGAAUAGCUAGUUCCAAUCAUUUGUACUGCUACAUCCAAAUGAUAUAUUUUUGUAGCUGGCUAAAUUCUGUAACAAAAUGUCAUAUUCUUGGGUUAAAUAAUACACGUGGAUAACUGAUGUGAAAUGAGCCGCUUUUUCAGAUCACAUUUGUUUCCAUGGAGUGAUUGUUAAUCCAACACAAAGAUUGCAUUACCUUUAAUUUCUAAUCACCUAUAUAGCAGUUUCUCAUUAUAGUGUGAACAUGUUUUGUAUGUGUGCAGUAGUCCUCUGUAUCUCUUACUGUAAAACAAUAAAAGACAGAAUGUUCA